AUGAAUGAUUUGGAAGUGAUUGAAAAAUUCAUGAUGAGAUUGAUAGAGAAUUUUCCACCAAAUUUCAGAUCAAUAGUUUAUUCAAUUCCUCACCUGAAGAAACAUUUGCAGAAUAAUGUGGAAUUUGUGAUAAGGUUGGCUAGAGUUAAUGUUAAAAUUCUUUUAUAUACUUCAACGAAAGUGUUAGAAACGGAUCGGUUUUUUGAAUGGGCAUUGGAAGAGAAACAUACAGCUAUUAGAUUCUGUAAUUUGAAAAGGAAACAAAAAUUUAUGAAACGAUUGAUACAAAUAGAUGCCAAUUAUUUGGAAAAGGCUUCUAUGCAAUUAAGAGAGGAUCCUGAUUUUGUUAUGGAUGCUAUUAAGCAAUCACCUUUUGUGAUAACAUAUGCCUCUAAAUCAUUAACUGAAAAUGUGGAAUUUUUAAAAAGAGUGAGAAAAGAGCUCAAUAAUUUUUUCCCGUUAGCUUAUGCACCAGAAGAGUGGAAAGAUGACAAAGAGUUAGUAUUGAAUGUUGUUAGCAAAUAUGGUAUGGAAUUAGAACAUGCAUCUUACCGUUUGAGAAAUGAUAGGUAA